GGGCGCUGUUCAAAACAUGAGAUGAGGACGUAAACAGUUCGUUGCUAACGUUAGAUGCUAACGUUGUGAUUAUGUUGUGGUGUAACUUGUGAUAUUACCACGUUGAGCUAAUAAAGUAAGCAUCGAACUUAUUAUGGUUGCAUAUAAUUUACAAAAUUGACUGAAAUACUCCAGAACACCAGCGAUAAGAUGUUUGUGUUACGAGCUAAUCGUUAGCUAGGGUUAGCUGCUAUCGAAAGUGCAGUAGGCCGCAGACCUCGUGUUUUCCAGCGGCUUUCACCCGGGAUAACUCCAGACGAGGCCGCCAACUCGGAUCUGUCCUUUCUCCUACUCUUGAAACAAUUGUUUAACCAUGUCAUCUGAGAAGGACUUCAACUCAGACACUCCUGAUGACACUAAAUUGGUCAGACCAAAGGUAGAGUUUCAGUCAUUACUGCAACUUGCUGGUGCCACUAAAGAGAUUUUCACCAUGAAGGAGGUGAUGUUUUAUCUUGGACAGUACAUUAUGCAGAAACAGCUGUAUGACCAGAAGCAGCAGCACAUUGUUCACUGUGCACAGGAUGCACUUGGACAAGUCCUGGGUGUUGAUAGUUUCUCAGUCAAAGAACCUCGUGCUUUAUUUGCUAUGCUCUCCAAGAAUCUGAUUGCGGUGAAAAGCCAUGAGUCUUUAUCAAGUGAUGGGCAUAGCAGCAACGAGACCAACAAAACCACAGAGGGAGACACAGAAAGUUGCGCAUCAUCUCUGGACAGAAGCAGGCGGCGAAGAAGGAGAAGAAGGAGGAGAUUUAUGAGUGGUGAUCCAGGUCCUUCUCAAAGCACAGAGGCUGCAGAUGUGGAGGAUGAGUCUGAAGAAGAGGAGGAGGGGAAAAAAAGGAGGAGAUCUGACAGCUACUCUUUGACGUUUGAUGAGAGUCUAUCGUGGUGUGUGAUUGGUGGAUUAGGAGGGGGGCGGGACAGGCACAGUAGCCGAUCUUCAGAAUCUCAUAGCAAUUCAGGAAGAUCGGAGAUCACAAUUCCAGCAUCAGACUCUGACAGUGACAACUUCAGUGUUGAAUUUGAAGUUGAAUCCAUUGAUUCCGAUGACUAUGAUGAAGAUGAUGCCUCUCUGUCUGGAGAUGAUCAGGUUUACGAGGUUACAAUCAUUGAGGCUGAAGAUGAAGACUCCUUUGAUGAAGAUACAGAAAUCAGUGAAGCUGACUACUGGAAAUGUGGGAAGUGUGAAGAGAUGAACCCUCCUCUCCCAAGGCACUGUCAGCGCUGCUGGACCUUACGGCAGCACUGGCUGCCUGAGGUGAUUGUCAAAUCUGAUUCUGGCCCCAAACUGCUUCCUCCGAAGCCAAAAGAAUCUGAGGCCAAAGAAAGUCCAGGUUCUGAUAAUGAGGAAAAUGAGGGGAUUGACGUCCCGGAUGGUAAAAGGGCAAAGACCCCUCUACCAUCUCAGUCCCUGGAUGACUCGACUGUCUCUGUUCGAGAGUUUAGCUGCUCUGCUCCAAACUCCCAGGAGCUGUCGUCUUCCCUGCCCUCCUCUUCAUCGUUCUCGCAGGAGAAGCCCUGGACCGACUCCCAGCCUUCAUCAUCGGACUCUCAAGAAACUCUCCCCUGCUCGCCUCCAGUAACUACUGGAGCCACCUCUGAAGUCUCCUCUGGAGUCACCUCUGGAGUUACUGCAGCGUCUGUUCCUGAGCUGGAGCGCAACGUGUCGGCCGAGUGGAAGCUUCCAGACUCCUGCCUGGACCCCUGUCUCAUCUGUCAGUCACGGCCAAAGAAUGGCUGUAUAGUGCACGGUCGAACGGGACACCUCAUGUCCUGUUAUGUUUGUGCAAGGAAACUGAAGAAGAGAAACAAGCUGUGUCCAGUGUGCAGGAUGCCCAUCCAGUCUGUCAUUCUGACUUACCUCAGCUAGUAUGCUACAAAUAAGUUUGCACUAAAUCCAAUGCAACCAGCCUAGUUUUUACCUCAGCUUUGGCUUUUGUAAAAUGGGACAUUUAAAUCUGCACAUUUUUUAAAAUGGCUGUUCUAAUAACUGAUGGUGAGAGAGACAAAUAGCUUUAGAUAGUAUUCUGUUAAAAUUGACAAUUACAAAUUCCUUUUUUUUUUAAAUUAUAUAUUUAGCAUUAGUUCUGAAAACUAUACAUCACAUAUAAAAUGUCUAAUGUUUGGCAGAUAAUUUAUCACAGUUUCCUGGAAAGAAAUACAUUUUGUGGAAAAAAAAGUAAUUUUCAGUUUUUUAAAAAUAAUAUAAUUACAAUUGGAUGUGAUUGUACAUAAAUAUUUUUGCACUGGUGUAUAAACAAUAUUUGUAUUAUUUAUUAAAUGCAAAGUAUGCCAAUUAUUUCCAGGAAAUCUGUGGAGAAUGUGGUUUUAGGGAUUUAAAGUGAUGUUAAAUAUUCUCAAUGUCCUAUUAUUUAUUUACAGCCAUUUGAGAGGCUUGAGUAUAUUUAAUGGGCACUUUGAGUAGUUCUCAUAUCAGAUGCCUUAUUUGAAAUAAAGAGUGUAUUGAAUAA